AUGGCUGGAGAUGUACCUCAUAAUGUCAAUAAUGAAUCUACCGAGAAUGUUGGAAAUGGAAAUCAAGAGCUAGUUGAAGCUAUUCAGCAAAUGACUGCAAGUUUGCUUGCAAAUAAGGGAAGCACAUUAGGUCCACAGGUACGCGAUGAUUUUAAGGUUAUGGAUGAAUUCCAUAAGUAUAAACCAGCACCAUUUAAGGAUUCACCAAAUCCGUUGGAUGCCGAGAAAUGGUUACUAGAAAUGGAGAAAAGAAUGAAAUUGCUUGAGGUAGAGGAUCGUCUUCGAGUUAAAAUUGCUACGUAUUACCUUCAAGAUGCUGCUGGUCAUUGGUGGACAAUGACUAAAACCAAGGAAGGGAUUCAGAACCUUACUUGGAAUGAAUUCAAGGAACUUUUCCUCCAAAUGUUCUUUCCGGUGGCUUUGAAAAAUGCCAAAAUUUUGGAGUUUAUACAGUUGGAUCAAGAGAAGGAGGGCUUGUUUGUUUUGGAUUAUGACAUGAGAUUCGAGGAGCUAUCUCGAUAUGCUACUGAUAUGGUGUAA